AUGCUGCUGCACCGUCUGUUGUAUCUUGUGGCUUUGCUUCUUAGCGUGGCAUGUGUCUGUGGGGCGGCUGAAGAGGCAAAAGAUGCGCAGGGGCUUCAUCCUGAUGCUGCUGAUUCUAGUAGUACUUGUGAUGGCCCUAAAAAAACUCAAAGUGCUUGUAUUACUGGUUUACCUGCUGAACUUCCUGCACCUCGACAUGAGCCUGGAGAGAGUGGUCACGCUGCCAUUCAAAAUCUCGCUUCAGGUAAUCCUCGUGGUCCCGUCACUACCGUGCGGGGAAGUGAUAGUGAACCUCAAAGAACUGAAGAGUUGAGUCCACAAAUUCCACCACAAGAGGAUCCAUUAGGUAGUCACAACAACGUACAAGGAGGGGCAGCGGACACUCAUGUAAACACCCCAACAGCAGAGACAUCAUCAUCAUCAUCAUCAUCUCUUGGGCAGCAAGCAUCCAGUGGGUCACGUGGUCCUGAGGGCCAAACGAGAACGAAUGGUGGAACUACACAAGACUCUCAAGAGGAAAACCGCAACACAGAAACGGAUACUGGAAGCACAGGAUCCCAGAGAACUGAUACCUCCACGCAACAUCCUACACCAGAUACACCACCUGCUGACACAACCCCAUCUGAUCCACACUCUGGUGAUUCAAACCCACUAAAGAACACGAGCACAGAGCCCAACAGUACCACUGAUAAUGUGACAACUUCAGAAGAGAGUGCAGGAACAAAUGACGAUACUACGAAUGCUGUGAGUGAAUCAACAACAACAACCACAACAACAACACUUCCUCCUGAACUCACAAACAACAAGAAGGGUGAUGCAGACAGCAGCAGCAGUAUCAGCAGUUCUGUGUGGGUACGUGUACCACUACUGAUUGUGGUUACACUGGCCUGUAUUCUUGUGUGCUGA